UUUCACGAUAAAUAAAAAAUGUUAGACAAUAGCAUAACUUGACAAAAUUAUAAGUCUGAUACAUAAUCUUUUUAAUCUAGAUUUAAGUGAUAAAGAUUAAGGAAUUUCGAUGGAGACUGAAAUGUGAAUAAAAGGGAAGAAAAAAAAAAUGACAAUAAUUUAUGGAGGAGACAAGACAGAAGGACGACAAAAUUAAGGUGUUGGGAUAAGGGCCCAAUGAAAGUGGAGCCAUGUCUGAAUCAUGUGUUGACGUGGAUGAAUGUCUGGGAGAGAAGAGAAAACAGACUUCGUAACUUACACUCAGAGUUUACUUCUUGUUGGAGUUUGCUUGGUGAUUUUGAGGGUGACACAGCACUGUCAGGUUUCAAAGAAAAAACGAGAAGAAAACAUUGCAGUCUCACUGUUAAAAAGGAAUGAUAAUAAAGUUUGCAAUUUGAAUUGGAGAGCUGCGAAUUGUGGGAAGAAGGAAGGAAUAGAAAGAUGGAAAGAAGAGAAAAAGGUGAGAAAAGGGAAGUGUUAAUGGCGGAAAAGUUGAAAGGUGGGGUUUUUGUGGGGAAAAGAGGAGGGCCUUCAACUCCCCCACCCACAUGGAGACUUGAGUUUCCCUCUCAGCGGAAUGACAAUAAUGGUAACAACAGAAGCAAAAACAAAAACCAGGUUGAAGAAUUCCUCAACUUUCCCACCCCAACAACACUCUCUGCCAGAAAACUCUGCGCCAAACUCUGGCAAAUUCAGCCCCACAAACAGGCCCCACUUCCCAAAAUGAACAGGCCUCCACUCAUCCGCCCUCACCGUAGGGACACACUUCUCAAGCCAGCAUCCGCUACGCGCUUGACAGAACAUGUUGGAACAUCACUUGUUCAGCACCAUAGAUCAGCUAAAAGGAAUGGUCGCACUAAACAGCCUGUAUCUCCUCCUUGUCACUGUAGCUCAAUGCAAGUUGCACCAUAUAAUAACCCUAUGAGAUCCGUAGACUUCAGGAGUUGGAUUACAGAGUCAAAUCGCAACCCCAAAGCAUCCAGAGAGUUACUUAAGGUACUCAACCAUAUCUGGUGUCUUGAAGAACAGCAUGCAUCAAACCUAUCAGUAGUGAAGGCCCUGAAGAUGGAACUAGAUCUUUCUCGGGCACAGGUUAAAGAGUUACAACAAGAAAAACAAUUGAAUAAGCAUGAAAUGGAGAACUUAAUAAAGCAAAGAACUGAGGAGAAGAUUGUUAAGAAGAGCAAAGAGAAUGAUAAAAUUAAAGCUGCAAUUCAAUCUGUGAUGAAAGAGAUAGAAGAUGAAAGGAGAUUAAGAAAGCAUUCAGAAAGCUUGCAUCGGAGGUUGGCUAGGGAGCUUUCUGAAGUGAAGUCUUCAUUCAGUGGUUCUAUGAAAGAUCUUGAAAAAGAGAGAAAAACACGGAUCCUUUUAGAGAAUUUGUGUGAUGAUUUUGCCAAAGGAAUAAGAGAUUAUGAAUAUGAGGUACGUUCUCUUGUGCAUGAUAAUUCUGAGCAGGGUCAAGCACAGGUUAAAGGGAGUAGCCUUGAUAGGCUAAUACUGAAUCUGUCAGAUGCUUGGCUUGAUGAGCGCAAGCAAAUGAAGUUAGUUCAAGCUGGCCGUGAUCUCCCAGAGUUAGAUUCAUCAAUUGUUGACAAGUUAGGUGUUGAUAUUGAAACAUUUCUGCAUGCAAAAAGGUCUGUUAACUUGAGAAGAUACAGUAACUCCUCCACAAAGGAGGCAAAGGAAAUUUACCCUUGCCUGCAUUCAAGGGCACCUCGUAAUGUGGCUGAAGAAGACUCCGUUGGUAACUACAUUUUAGAGCAGAAAAAGACUUCAGACAAAGGACUCGACAAACAUGGCUCCAAAAUGAACAACAAUACUGCAGAGGUUGAUAGAGAAAAGAAAGGAAGGCACCAUUCUAUGAGGAAUCAUGUUGAGUCCAAGGAAAUCAUUGAAGACUGUCGUGAGUUGCAAGCAGGUAUGAUGAAGAACCUGUCAUGUGAUGAAAAUGAGAGUUGGUUUGUUGAGAGGAAAUCAAGUGAAAUUGGAGGGGACAGCACAGCUCUAUUUAAUACCCCUGGGACAUCUACUGUUUGUGAGGCAACACAAGGUCCACCAGAAAGUAAUGCAUUAUUGUGGACAAAGAGAAUGAAUUCAAGUCAUGCAGUUAGAAACAGUUCCUUGUCUUCUGAAGGCAAUGAUAAGGUUUAUCCAGAGAGUAUUUUCAGGGAAGAUUUACCUCUCCGCACCGCACUUAGUCCUGUAAAACAAUGGAAAUCUACAUUGAUUGUCCCAGAUUUUGACAAGUCUGAGUCUUGUUCCAAAUUGCUUAUAAAAGAAAAUGACACGUUGAUGGAAAAACUGCUUGAAGCAAGAAUGGAGAGGCAGAAAUCCCGCUUUAGAGCUAGCAUUAGUAAAAGCUCAUUUCCUUCUGCCAGACAAGUUUGUAAUGAGAAACAUAGGAGUGUGAGUAGUUGCCAUGGUAUCGCACUCUGAUGACACAAUUAACCUAUUUUUGAAAGCAGCUAUCGAAUCGUAGGAAUUUUAUAUAGUUAAAUGGAUGAAGAUCAUUGUUGAGUCCA